AUUCAAGUCGAACGUAGCUCGUAGAGAAGUAAUUAUUUUUUUACGCAGGUGCAACUGUAUUUCAAUCUAAUCGGUUAACGGUUCGAAAUUAAAAAUAGAAUUUGUUUUGUUAGAAAAAAUAGGAAAGGAAAAUGUCAGAAAAUACUGUUGUCAAAACUAAUUAUGGUCCAGUUAGAGGCCUUUUACGGAAAUCGGCUGUUGGCGAGGAAUAUUUAAGCUUUCGCGGAAUUCCUUAUGGAAAAGCACCUAUUGGAGCACUGAGAUUUCGGGACCCUCAACCAGCUGAGAAAUGGACUCAUACAUUCGAUGCAACAAAGCCAGGACCAACUGCCAUGGGACUGGACUUUGUAACGAUGCGUUUAAACGAAGGUUGCACUGAAGAUUGUCUUACUCUGAACAUCUACACUAAGAAUAUUAAGCCUCGGAAACCGCUGCCGGUUAUGAUUUGGAUUCAUGGAGGUGGUUUCAGAUGGGGAAACAGCACAGAAAGUACCUAUGGACCAGACUAUUUGUUGGAAAAAGAUGUGGUUUUCGUCUCGAUAAAUUAUCGACUCGGUGCUUUGGGUUUUAUGAGUAUCCCCGAUCCGGAACUAAAAGUACCUGGAAAUGCUGCUAUGAAAGAUCAAGCCAUGGCUAUGAGAUGGGUCCGGGAAAAUAUUCGUUAUUUCGGUGGGGACUGUGCAAAUAUUACAGUUUUCGGCGAAAGUGUAGGAGGCAUAUGCACUCAUUGGCACAUGGUUUCUGACUUUUCCAAGGGCCUUUUCGAUAAAGCAAUCGUUCAAUCCGGAUCAGCAUUAGUUGAUUUUUGUGCAGUACCACAUACGGUUAAUUGGGGUGAACGUUUGGCUAUGGUACUGGGAUGGAAACCCAGCGAUAGUUCUCAAAGUUAUUUUGAGUAUAUACAAAAUGUACCAGCAGUGGAUAUCGUUAUGGUUCAAGACACCAUAUUGACUCCUCCAGAGAUGAAAAUUCAUGGAAGAAUGAUUUUCUCGAUAACCAUGGAGCCAUAUGAAUCUGAGCAGUGUUUCAAUAGACGAGAUCCGUUAGAAUUUUACGAAAAUGCGUGGGGCAACAAAAUUCCAUUGAUUAUUGGAGGGACUUCAGAGGAAGGAUUAUUGUUUUACAGAUUGAUGACGCAAUUCCUAAUUCAGUUCAAAGCUCCUGAUAUUUUCGAAAAUUUAUUCGAACGAUUGAAAUGCGGCAAGGGAACUGACGAGAGCAAAGCCAUUGCAGAGAAAAUAAAGAAAUUUUACUAUGGCAAUGACUCUCCCAGCAUAGCAAACAUUGACACGUACAUUGAUUUAAUGUCGGAUAAGAAUUUUUUGCAUGGAAUGCAUUUGGCAGUCAAAUCCAGGACGAACGAUCCGGAAUCAGCACCGACAUAUUGCUAUCGCUUUAACUUCGAAACUAAAACUAAUUUCACAAUUAUGAAGAGCGUGUUCGGGCAUCCGACAAUCAAAGGUGUAUGUCAUGCUGAAGACAUUGAGUAUUUGUUCAAAACAUCGUAUUCCAAACCUGUUGUAGUCAACAGUGCUGAGCAUAAGACUAUAAAUCGAAUGGUUAGUUGUUGGACCCGAUUUGCUGCCACUGGCAAUCCGAAUAAUGAAUUUAUAAAACCAACCGAAUGGAAACCAGUUGAAAAUGGUUCUCUACCACCAUACAAGUGCUUGAACAUUGCUGAAGAGGUUACUUUCAUAGAUUUUCCAGAGGCUAAACGUAUGGAAUUCUGGGACUCAUUGGGUUAUAAUUAAAUCAUUUCAUCAAGAGAAAUAAAAUCCGAAAGUGAUGAAGAUGUCUUUAUUAUUAUCACGUCAAU